UAUCCCCACUUCCCACUUUCUUCUCCUCCAUCAUAAAGCACAACUUUCUCCUUUAAAAAUGGCAUUUUAUUCCUCUCUUCUCUUUCUAUCUCUUUCUUUAUGUGUGAUGAUGCUAAUCUCACCUGCGCACUCACAAACCUGCACAUCACAGAAAUUCAACAACAACAAGCUUUACACAAACUGCAGUGACCUACCCACCCUUAACGCCACCCUACACUACACCUACAACGCCUCAAACUCUUCUCUUUCAAUUGCUUUCACGGCAGCACCGUCAAAGCCUGACGGCUGGGUAGCAUGGGCCGUUAAUCUCAACGGAACAGGCAUGGCCGGUGCACAAGCAUUGCUGGCCAUGAAAUCAACCGGCGGUGCAGUCGUAGUUAAGAAAUAUGACAUCAGAUCGUACAGUGAGAUCAACGAAACAACAAAGCUGGCUGUGGAUGUGUGGGAUGUCAGUGCAGAGUCAUCAAGUGGUAAAUUUAUAAUUUUUGGGUCCGUCAAAGUACCAGAAAGCGUAGAGAAAUUAAAUCAGAUUUGGCAGGUGGGUCCAGCUGUGAAUAAUGGGUUUCCUGCGAAGCAUGAGUUUGCCCAAGCCAAUUUGCUUUCUAAAGGAACUCUUGAUUUGGCAGUGAACACAACUGGUAGUGGUACUAAUUCUGGUAAUGCAACCGGUAAUAGUAAUAGCACUGGUGCUGGUUACAGAGUGAAAGAAAUGAGUGUGGGUUAUCAAGUUGGGCUGUUUGUAUUGAUCUGCAGUGUAAUGGGUUUUUGGUGAUUGGAUUUUGAUGUUUUUUCUUGAUUUGAUUUUAUUUUGUCUAGUUGAGAAAAUCAAGAAGGGAAUAAUUUUUUACUA